CGGGGAGGAGCCCGAGGGAGUCUCCAACACUCAGCCUUUCCCUUUGGACCCUUGGAGAAGCUUCGGGGACAGGAUUGGCUCUUUCCACUUCCAUCCCGGAAAGCAGAAUCUGCAAAGUGCCUUUUGUAAAGUUUCUGAAGUCAGGGAUCCUUCACAGCCAAAAUGAAUCCCAGGGAGGAGAAAGUGAAGAUAAUUACAGAGGAGUUCACUCAAAACGAUGAGGAUGCAGAUGUGGGAAAGCAGAAGAAGAAUUCAAAGGCUCCGCGACAGCCAAGAAAGAAAAAGCCACCAACCCCUAACCCAGAAAAAAUGGUAUCCGAAGAAUCCCACCCUGACAGCCUGCAGGGGCCAGCCCAGGAGGAGCCCCAGACUCGCCUCCUGAGUAUGACAACCCGGCGAGGCCCACGGAGCUUGCCUCCAAUUCCUUCAGCUUCCAGAACAGGCUUUGCAGAAUUUUCCAUGAGAGAACGCAUGAGGGAGAAAUUACAAGCAGCCAGGUCUAAAGCAGAAAGUGCGUUGCUCCAGGAAAUUCCCACCCCUCGACCUCGGCGCUUACGGAGUCCCAGUGUGAAAGAAUUGGAGACUGAAUUUGGCACAGAGUCAGGUCAAGAGGCAGAAAGGACUCAACAAGAAGAUGAUUCCCAAAGUCAUCCAAGAGUAAAGUUCCGUGACUCUGCACGAAAAAUCAAGUCCAAAUCCCGGUUGCCACCUGGCUUCCCUUCUGCAGAAGAGGCCUAUGACUUCUUUACUUUCAACUUUGAUCCUGAACCCGAAGAACCAGAGGAAAAACCAAAACCUAAACCCAGAGAUGGAACCAGCCAAGAAGAGGAGGAAGGAGAGGAGGAACCACCCUUGCAGGAAGGAGCUAACGGAAAGGAUGAGGAAGAGCUGCUCCAAGGUCAAGAGGCUGAGGACUUCCUGCUGGGCUUGGGCCACACGGCUGAAGACUUUCUGGCCGUCAGACCCGCAGACUAUGAAAGCACCCAGGUGCAGCUGCAGCGGGAGCGGGAAAUACUCUUCGUACCCAGCCGGCGGACAGUGCCUACCUAUAAAAAGCUUCCAGAAAAUGUACAGCCCAGAUUCCUGGAAGACGAAGGCCUUUAUAUCGGGGCGAGACCAGAGGUGGCUCGCAGUAACCAGAACAUCAUGGAGAACAGACUGCUGACUCAGGAGCUCGGGAGAAGGUGGUUUGGAGAUGAUGGCAGGAUCCUGGCAUUGCCAAACCCCAUCAAGCUGCUGCCUUCCAGGUCACCAGUGUUGACACAGGAGCAAAGCCCCAAGGCGGAACUGGAGACGUUGUAUAAGAAGGCGGUAAAGUAUGUCCACAGGAGCCAGCAGGCGAUAGGCUCUGGAGACCCUUCUGGAAAUUUCCAACUGGACGUCGAUAUUUCCGGGUUAAUCUUCACGCAUCAUCCCUGUUUCAGCCGAGAGCACGUUUUGGCAGCCAAGCUGGCCCAGUUGUACGACCAGUACCUGGCAAGACAGCAGAGAAACAAGGCGAAAUUUCUUACCGAUAAGCUCCAGGCUCUAAGGAAUGCUGUUCAGACUGACCUUAAUCCAGAAAGACCUCAUCAAUCUCCUGAUAUGAACCAGAAGACCAUCAAUGAGUAUAAAGCUGAAAUCCGACAAACAAGAAAACUGCGGGAUGCUGAACAAGAAAGAGAUAGAACUUUGCUCAAGACCAUCAUUAAAGUCUGGAAGGAGAUGAAAUCUCUCCGAGAGUUCCAGAGGUGCACGAAUACGCCCCUGAAACUGGUUUUGAGAAAGGAAAAAGUCAACCAGAAAGCAGAUGAAGAAGUAUAUGAAGCAGAAAUUGAAGCUGAAAUAAGAGAAUUGUGGGAAGAGCAUGGGGAGGAGUAUGAGCAGAGGAUGGGGGAGUACAGGACGUCGUACCAGCAGUGGAAAGCGUGGAAGAAAGCCCAGCCCUGGAAGGAGUUUCUUAUGCUUGUUCCCAUUUUGUGGAUGAGAAAACUGAGGCACAGAGAGAAGACCAAGAAGAAGAAAAAGAAACAAGCAGCGGAAGAGCCUACGGAGGAGGAGACUGAGGAACCGUAUCCCGGGGAGGCCCCUGGGAAGCCCACCCCACCGGAGCCCCCCGACCGUGCAGCCGUGGAGCAGCAGGUGCGGGAAAGAGCGGCCCAGAGCAGGCGGCGGCCCGGGGAGCCCACGCUGGUCCCAGAGCUGAGCCUGGCGGGGAGCGUGACGCCCAGCGACCAGUGCCCCAGGGCAGAGAUCUGGCGAAGAGAAGAUGUCAAGAGGCGCUCGGUGUACCUGAAGGUGCUCUUCAACAACAAGGAGGUGUCCAGGACGGUCAGUCGGCAACUAGGGCCAGACUUCCGCGUUCACUUUGGUCAGAUUUUCAACUUGCAAAUAUUCAACUGGCCAGAGAGUUUAACACUUCAGGUCUAUGAAACCGUUGGACAUAGUAGUCCCAGCUUGCUAGCAGAAGUGUUUCUGCCUAUUCCUGAGAGCACCGUCAUCACUGGAAGGGCUCCCUUUGAGGAAGUGGAGUUCAGCAGUAAUCAGCACGUGACCCUGGACCAUGAGGGAGUUGGAAGUGGAGUGCCCUUCUCAUUUGAAGCUGAUGGCAGUAAUCAACUAACUUUGAUGACCUCAGGGAAAGUGUCUCACAGUGUGGCAUGGGCCGUUGGAGAAAAUGGGAUACCUUUAAUUCCUCCACUGUCGCAGCAGAACAUUGGACUUCGGAGCGCUCUGAAGAGAGCAGAUGCCAUCUCUUCCAUCGGCACAUCAGGACUGACAGACAUGAAAAAGUUGGCCAAGUGGGCAGCGGAGUCCAAGCUCGACCCGAAUGACCCCAACAACGGCCCUUUGAUGCAGUUGGUCUCGGUUGCUACCAGUGGUGAAUCCUACAUCCCUGAUUUCUUUCGACUGGAACAGCUGCAGCAGGAAUUUAACUUUGUUUCAGAUGAAGAAUUGAACAGAUCCAAACGGUUCAGGCUUCUUCGUCUUAGAAGCCAAGAGGUGCCAGAAUUCCGAAAUUAUAAGCAAGUUCCAGUGUAUGACCGAGAAAUUUUGGAAAAGGUAUUCCAGGACUAUGAGAAACGGUUACGAGACAGAAAUAUAAUUGAAACCAAGGACCAUACAGACACCCACAGGGCCAUAGUGGCCAAAUACCUCCAGCAGGUUAGAGAAUCAGUGAUAAAUCGUUUCUUAAUUGCAAAACACCAUUUCCUUCUUGCUGAUUUGAUAGUAGAAGAAGAAGUUCCCAAUAUCAGUUCUGAAGGCUCGGGCAUUUUGGGCUUAAGCCUUUUCAAGCUGGCAGAACAAAAGCGACCACUGAGGCCAAGGAGAAAAGGUCGGAAGAAGGUGACAGCCCAAAACCUGUCGGACGGAGACAUAAAGCUGCUGGUGAACAUCGUCCGGGCGUACGACCUUCCAGUCAGAAAGCAGACAGCAAGCAAAUUCCAGCAGCCAUCAAGGUCUUCGAGGACAUUCAGUGAAAAGCGUCCUGCCUCCCCCAGCACACAUAGCCCGACUUACAGUGCCGACUACCCCCUCGGCCAGGUUUUAGUGCGUCCUUUCGUAGAAGUCUCUUUUCAACGAAUGAUCUGCCACACAAGUACAGCUGAAGGGCCAAACCCCAGCUGGAAUGAGGAACUUGAACUUCCAUUCAGGGCUCCUAACGGGGAUUACAGCACUGCCAGUCUGCAGUCGGUGAAAGAUGACAUUUUCAUUAACAUUUUUGAUGAAGUCCUAUAUGAUAUUUUAGAGGAUGACCGGGAAAGAGGAAAUGGAACACACACUCGCGUGGAGAGGCACUGGUUGGGAUGUGUGAAAAUUCCAUUUAGCACAAUAUAUCUCCAAGCAAGGAUUGAUGGAACAUUCAAAAUAGAUACCCCCCCAGUUCUUCUGGGCUACAGUAAGGAGCAGAACUUGGUUCUUGAGCGGGGUUUUGAGUCAGUCCGAAGCUUAAGUGAAGGAUCCUACAUCACCCUGUUUAUUACCAUCGAGCCUCAGCUGAUUCCUGGAGAGUCAGUUCGAGAAAAGUUUGAAUCUCAGGAAGAUGAGACAUUGCUUCAAGCAACAGAGAAGUUUCAAGCUGAAUGUGCCCUCAAGUUUCCAAAACGCCAGUGCCUCACAACAGUGAUUGACAUAAGCGGAAAGACAGUCUUUAUUACACGGUAUCUCAAACCCUUAAACCCUCCUCAGGAGCUCCUUGACCUCCACCCUGAUAAUCCACAGGCAACCGCAGAACUGGUGGCUCGGUAUGUGUCCUUGAUUCCUUUCUUGCCUGACACUGUUUCGUUCGCUGGUCUCUGCGACCUGUGGAGCACGUCUGAUCAAUUUCUUGAUCUCCUGGCAGGAGAUGAAGAAGAGCACGCGGUGUUACUCUGCAACUACUUCCUGUCCCUGGAGAAGAAGGCCUGGCUGGUGAUGGGCAAUGCCGUUCCCGAGGGUCCAACUGCCUAUGUACUAACUUGGGAAAAAAAUCAUUAUUUAAUAUGGAAUCCCUGCAGUGGACAUUUUUAUGGACAAUAUGACACAUUCUGUCCCUUGAAAACUGUAGGCUGUUUAAUAGGUCCUGAUAAUAUUUGGUUUAAUAUUCAACAAUAUGAUUCUCCACUAAGGAUAAAUUUUGACGUUACCAAGCCCAAGCUGUGGAAAUCCUUCUUUUCAAGAAGUCUUCCAUAUCCUGGCCUUUCCAGUGUUCAGCCUGAAGAGCUCAUUUACCAGAGCACAGACGAAGGCGCUGCGGCUGAGCUACAAGACAGGAUUGAAAAAAUACUGAAAGAAAAAAUCAUGGACUGGAGGCCCCGCCAUCUGACCCGGUGGAAUAGGUACUGCACCUCCACGCUCCGCCACUUCCUGCCUCUGUUAGAAAGAAGCCACGGGGAGGACGUGGAGGGUGCCCACAGGGCAGAACUGGCGAGGCAGCUGGGAGACUACAGGUUCUCUGGAUUUCCUCUUCACAUGCCUUACUCUGAGGUGAAGCCUUUAGUUGACGCUGUGUAUAGCACCGGGGUACACAACAUUGACGUUCCUAAUGUCGAAUUUGCUUUAGCAGUAUACAUACAUCCGUAUCCCAAAAACGUCUUGUCUGUUUGGAUCUAUGUUGCCUCCCUUAUACGCAACAGGUAAUUUUUUCAUUGUACUUUUUGUAUCAUGUAAAAACUACACUUGGGUAUGGUAAUUUUUAUAUUGAUCACAGAACAUAUUAUUUGCAAAUAAUGAAAUAAAAUUAUCAAUAUCUGUUUUCAGACUAUGCAAAAUAAGUGUUUUAUUUAGCAGUCUCCCUGCCACUGUGACUCUAAACUCAACUGAGACUUCCUACUGUGGGGAACAGGUGGAACGGUCUGAGUCUCCUGUCUCUGCCUCUGUGACCACUCACCUUCUCCUCAGGACGCUCCCUUUCCUAUUUUGCCUGUCCAGUAGAAUAUCAAUCCCACUUUUAAGACCUAAGAGGGCACUAUACGACUUUUCUAGGGGAAGGAGGAACAAUUUUGCAAUAACAAAUUUUUACGUUUAACACAAUACCUCGCAAGACA